GCAAUGAUGAAGAGUUUUUUCCUAGUUGUGAAUAUCCUGGCACUAACUUUGCCUUUUUUGGGUGCAGAGGUACCAAACCAGGAGCAACCAGCAUGCCGUGAGAAGGAUGAAAGAUUACUCAAUCAGAAAACAGUCGAGUAUAUCCCAGUUCAUUAUGUGCUGAAUAGCUUGAAUAGCUCUCCUUUUUAUGAACACAAUUACUAUCGAUAUAGACCAGCUGUACUAGUUAGUAAUCAAAAUAUGCCUUAUCCAUAUUAUGGAAAACCAGCUGCACUUAGGGUACUCACCCAAAUUCCUCAAUGGCCAAUCCUGCCAAUUAUCUACACAUCCACUGUGGUACGUCACCCACACCCACAGUCAUCACUUAUUGCCAUUCCCCCAAAGAAAAUUCAGGAUAAAACAGUCAUCGCUACCAUCAACACUAUUGCUACUGUUGAGCCUACACUUGUUCCUCCCAUUGAACCCACCGUGGACUCUGCAGUCACUCCAGAAGCUUUGUCAGAAUUCACCGUCACAAGCACACCUGAGACUACAACAGUUGCAGGCACUUCAUUCAUCGUCUAAAACCUCUAAGGAAACAUCAAAGACA